GUUUCGGUCCCUUGGCGAACGGACAUCAAUAUAGACGGACCGCAAACUACAGCUGUGUUCGUCCGGAUCUGCAUUUGACCCUGACACGGCGUUGUAACGUCAUUUUGAGUUGUAAGUUUAUUAUUUUGAUGUUUAUAGUAUUUUUUUCAUUAUUAUCUUUCGUUUAUACGUUUGUUGAAGCGCCUUGAUACGUUUUGGCUGCGGAUCCUCGCACACAAACCUAGCCCGACACCAUGCGCCUCACGCUGCAUUUACUCAUCUCACAUGGCCGUGUGGCCCGGAGGAUGGGUCUGGGUCCAGAGUCCCGUAUCAACAUUUUAAGAAACAUUCUGACAGGACUGGUUCGACACGAGAGGCUGGAAACCACGCUGGGCAGAGCAGAUGAAGUUCGUUUUUAUGCAGAAAAGCUGAUUGACUACGCCAAAAAGGGAGACACCAACGAGAAGGCAAUGAAAAUGGCCAGUUUUUGGCUUACGGAGAAGGAUCUGGUCCCAAAGCUCUUCAAAGUCCUUGCCCCACGGUUUGAGUCUCAUUCACACGGUUACACCCGCAUGGCACGCGUUCCCAACAGGGAGAACCUAGACAGAGCUAAGAUGGCCGUCCUGGAGUAUAAAGGCAACCCCUUCCCUCCUCUGUAUCCCGUGAAGAAGGAGAACGAACUGACUCUCAUCAACCAACUGCUGAAGGGCUACAGAGAGGAUAGGGCGCGACAGCUGGCUGAAAAAUCACAACUCGGACAGUAGUGAUUGAUGAGGAAUAAAUGCUCUUUGUGAAUAUUGUAACUGAGAAGUAGAAACACAAAAGUAGGACCUGCAGAUUGGUUGUGUCCUGUGGAGACUUCUGGGGCUGAGUUUGUACAAAAUUGUUGUUGAAAAUGAGUAUGCUUCCUGUCUUGUGUUUUUAUCAAUAGAAAAUAUAAAAGUAAUACAAAUAAUAAUAUUGUGUUAAACUGUCUUUGUGUCAUAAUACACAGUACCCUCAGCCCACUAUAUACACUCAUUCAUUUAACAAUGUCUCUUCUCCCACGGUCUACUGAACUACACAGGCCAAUCCGACCAUAAAUUCGAAGUCGAGUCGAUGACUGGUUUAGUGACGUCACCAUGUUGCAGGUGCAGUAAAUGCGUGUACAAAAACAUCCAGCAAUGACCAUGUGACUCUCCAUACAUUACUUUUGUAGCGUUUGCUAUGGAGAGAACACAGCUUAAAUUGUAUCGUUUGCUUUAGUUCAAUAUGCGACUGGGACUGCGUUUUCUCCCGCGUGACGGUUGUUCAGCGAUCUACGGAAGAUAAUCGGUACCGUAAUUCAAAUUAAAACCAAUAGCACAAAUGCCUUUUCAUUUUCAGACUAUACCUGCAUUAUUUGACUCGUAUACAAAAUUAAAAAUCAAUCAUCCAAAAUCAAAAUGAGGAGUCUUGAAGAGAAAAAUGAAAAUGCAUUUUAUUUUCCUCCUUUUCCUUUGCAACACUGCUAAUUUUGUGACUUUCAUUUUAAAUUUUUUUUUGUUCAAAAUUUUAUCUUGUCUGCAUGUUUCUCAUGAAAUUUGAGUUUGAAAAGUUUAAAUAAAAUUGAAUUUUUGGG